AUGCAGAAUAUAUUCAAAUAUUCUAUAAUGUUUAUUAUCUUGUCAUUUCAAUUAAUUCUUGGUAAAACUGAUGAACAAGAUUACUAUGAUGUACUUGGUGUUAGUAAAUCAGCUACAAUUGGUGAAGUUAAAAAAGCUUUUCGUAAACUUGCAUUAAAAUAUCAUCCAGAUAAAAAUAAAGAACCAGAUGCACAAAAAAAAUUCUUAAAAAUUGCUGAAGGUAAAUUAUAUUCAAAUUGA